AUGGAUUCUGAUAAAUUGAUCGAAAUCGUCAUAGAUAUGGAAGAAGCAACACCAAAUGAUAAAUUGGUUAUCACCAAAAUUCAAAGUGGAACUGUUGCCGAAGGAAAAUUGAAAGUGAGUUAUCUAGAAUAAAUAUACCCAACUUCACAGUAAUUAUCGUUUUUAGAUCGGAGAUCAAGUCAAAAAGGAAUGGUCAAGAUUGCAAAGAUACCAACGACUUUUUCCGCGCAUUGCGAUUUGCCGCACCGACUACAAGAAUUUUGGUGAAUCACGGCGACAAAAAAGCAGAAGAAGUGUGUUUCAAGAUUUCUGGUCUUAAAAAGAAAUUGAAGUGCCAAAAUAUCGAGGACACAAUCAAAAGACUCAUCAAUUGUGAAGAUGAAGCAUUGAUUCUAUGCUUCAAGGCGACAAAAAAUAAGUUUAGCCUUGAGGAGAAGGUUCGUUUUAAAAUGUGAAAUAGUUAGAAAUUACUGGUUUACAGAUUGUUAUGAUCGAAUAUUGCGCUAAAUUGUCGUCGACUGGUGCAGAAACAACAACGGAAAUUAUAAUGGAGAUGCGGCAAAAAUGGAAAGAAUUGGACACCAAAACUUUGAAAACAUGAAUUCGGAGCCUUCCUGGAAGUAAGUAAAAGCAUCAGUCAAAAUUCGAUAAUCUUAUUCAAAUAUUUUCACAGACAAUUUCCCUGGCCCUUAUCAAUUGUUGGUUCUAUCCAGAUGUCACCAAUGAAUUGAUAAGAAUCUCCACUUUUCAUAGCCCAAAUGAUGAUUUGUUCAAGAGGAUUGGGCCAGCAAUGAAGAAAAAUCCUAUUGAAACUAUCAAAAUUUUGACCAACAUCAAAAACAAGAAUGAAAUAUCUGUCGCUGUUGAUGAAUUUCGACAAAUCGAAUGGCAAAUACAAUUUGGAGAAAAGGGUUAUAGUGGAGUAAACCUUGAAGAUUUUUGGAAGAUCUAUGGAGAUAACCCAAUUUUGCCAGAUUUCUUCCAGUGAGUUUGCCUAUAACUGAAAAAACAUAAUUUUUUAUUGAUUUAGAAAUGAAAAAACAAAGAGACAACGGAAUAUGAAGUUGGACACGAUGAUCGAUCAUUUAAAAAAGUUUGAAAUUAUUUAUCCAACGCAAUGCUUUGACACACUUCCGAAUCGCCGGUUCAAACUUCGAAUUUUUCCAACAAAGGUGAAUUUGCAAGCAACUGGAGGAAAAAAGAUUUUAAAAUUCCGAAAUCUGUCACAAGAAAAUCUUGUGUUCAAAGUAAAAGUUUCGGACUCUGAGCAAAUCAAAAUAACACCAAACUUGGGAUGUGUUAUGAGCCAGCAACAAAUAACAACGACAAUAACUCAACGUCGCGGAAAAGUUGCAAAGCAUCGACUGGUUAUAGAAUUUUUGAGGAGUGAAACAAUUGAAAACGAGAGAAUAAGAGAGUUAUUCUCAUACAAUGGAAAUGAUGUGGAACAAGUUUCUAUCGAGUUAGAAAGUCUGUGAUUUAACAGUAAUUUGCUGUAUUUUUUUUAUUCUAUGAUUUUUCAUGAAUAAAUGUUUAUUAAUAAAUGGUUCUUAAAUAGAUAUGACUCAAGUCGAGAAAAAAAUAGCUAAAAACGUUUUUCAACAAAACUUUUCUAUUCAUCAAACGUCCCACAUUUGCAAAACGAAAAUUUUUAAACAAACGUUUGAAAAAGGUAGCCACAGUGUCCCGAACGCGUAUUGCGCCAGCACUCCACACUCCACAAACUCUCUCGUUUUCUCUCUAUCUCUCAUCCGUCUCUUCAGCAAACCGCACUCUCUCAUCUUUUUUUGCGCUUUUGUUUACUUGCUGAAAAAUGCUGGAAAUGGAAUUUUUGUAACUAAAUCGAGUAUGGAGAAGACAGAGGAAGAAAAAUUGAAGCUGUUCCAAGUUGUUUGAUGAAAAAUGGUUGAGAAUGAAAUGAGCAAGAGCUCUUCAAAAAUAAGCUUGUGCAAAAACAUCAUUUUUGACCCGGGAAAGCUGAUAAAAUUCAGUGCUAUACUUCCAAAACAUUUAAAUAGGACUCCUCAAAUAUGUGGAAUCAAUGAUAAUUCAAAACUAUGUCGUUUUUGUUAUUUUCUUUUCCAUCGAAAUUUGCCCAAAAUUGAUCAAAAAACCAGAUUUCAGAAGUUUAUUUUGAUAAAAUAUUUCCUAAAACACCUUGAAAGUGUUCUAAUUCACAUAUUUAUCAUAAAACAAGUGCCGAAUCACAUUUUUCCUUCAUAAAAUUUGAAUUGUUUUUCUUCAAAAGAUAUUAACUAACUUAUUUUGAAUCCAAUCUUCACAUGUUUUAUAUCAAAACGUUCCUCUCAUUAUUCUCCAGAACAUAUAGCUCAGUUUGGGAGUUUUCAUGCAAGUAUAAUUCAAUUCUAAUCAUUUCAAGAAAAAACCUAGUGUUAAAUUUUCAAAAAACCGAGGAACAGGCUUGUGCGCUCUGCCGCACAUGCACCAAAAAUGCGCACAACUUUUCUCUGGCUACGCGUUGGGGGCACUGUGCGGUAGAAAAUUGUGGAAAAUUUCUUGGCAAGGACUAACUAUUCAUGGCCUAGGAAACCAAAAAAAUAACAAAGUUCGCCCAUGCAUCUUAUUUGUUGCAAAGAAAACUUUUAUUCUUUUCCCCGCGCGGUUUGCGUGAACACUAUGGUUGUUUGUUUUUUCCAUCCAUAUUUUACUUUUCAAAACCAACUUUACCGAAAGUAUAUCUACCUAUUUAGAUACUUUGAUGGUCUUAAAUUUAGAUAAAUCUAGUUAUAAGUUUUCAUUUUGUUAUCUCGAUGUGUCGCUGUUCAUUCAUUUUCGAAAAGAUCUAGGUCAUUAAAUUCCUCAUUCCAGCGACAAACUUUGAUGAGAAAACCAACAAUAUGUCAGCCUCACAUCAUUAUCAGCAGCAACAUCAUCACAAGUCAGGAAAAUCUAGAGAAUCUUCAUCGUCACGAAUAGAAAAUCAUAAAUGUAACUUGGGUUGGCAGUAUGUGAAAAUCGAUGGGAAAUCAUAUCUUCGAGUAGACGGUGAACCGAGAUCGAUUAAAAAUGAGCAUGAGUUUCAGGUAUUUUUCUCUCAAUUAAACAUUUCUUUUUAUCAAAAAGUGUUUUCAGAGUGUACGAAAAUUCGGCGUUGUUCACGAUCCGAUGAAACUGCAAAGAAAUGAAAAAGCAUUAGUUGAUCCAAGAAUAUCGAUCCAAACCAAAAGCAAUACAAUUUAUGACAAAUAUUCGAUUCGUUCAAAUGUUUCAUUCAAAGCUCCGAAAUUUCGAAUAGAUGGUGAUUAUGUUGCGAUUCCACCAAAACGAGAAGUUGCAAUAUUUAAUAUGGAUGAUAAUUGUGAUACAGAUAUUUUGACUGAUUUUGCCAAAGAAUGUGGUGCAGUUGAAGAUGUUUGGGUUUGCCGUCAUCCAGAAACUAAAAAACAUAUGAAAAUGGCUUAUAUUAUUUUCGAAAAACCGAAAGACGCUUUGCUAUUUGUUGAGAGAUAUCAAAUAGUUAAAUUAAUGGCGACCCGAAUUGAAGCACAAUGUGAUCCUUAUUGUAAGCUUUUCCCCCUGUUUCAAUUUUAAUUUCUCUUCUUUCAGUGACCCAUUUAAAUGAAAAGUACGAAAAAGAAACAAAUCAUUUAUUGCCUUUACCAAAACAUCUGCAAAUAAUUGAUGAAAAAGUGUUGAGUGGUUUUCGUGAAGAAAUUUUGAGAAAUGAACAAAAUUUGAAGUUGGAGGAAUCUGUAAAACCAGAAAUCGAGGAAGAAGACGUUGAGAUUGAUGUAGUGAAAAUUGAAGAGCCGCCGUUGAGAAGUCAUACUCCACCUGUUUUUUCUCAAUAUUCAAUGCAACCAUCUUCAAGUUAUGAUUUGGAUAUUCCACCACCUCCAGCAAGACCAGUUAAAGGUAUUUUUAAGUUUUUUUUUCAGUUGCAUGUUAUGUUUUUGGCUAUUGCACGCACCAGACUUGGGAAUUUACACGUUAACGACUCAAAAUUUUGAUUUUCAUUAUUUUUGAAGAUUCUUAGAAAAAAUCUAUUAUUAUUUUUCACUUUAAUAAGUGCCUUAAGGUCUUUAAAUCCAUCAAUUUCGUUAAAUUUAUAUUUAAAAUCUCCACUGUUUCUAAAGUGGAACUUUUAAAAAUCUACUAUAUACUAUGUAUAAUAUAAUGAUCCCUAGACUCUAGUCACGUAAAAAACUCCCAGGUCUGCCACGCACGCUUUUUUGUUCUUUGUUCAGCAAAAAGUCCUCCACCACCUCCACCACCACCACGAAAAACAUCACUACCUCCUCCUGCACCCCCUCCGCCACCUCCACCAAAACCCCGUCGUUUCGAACCGUUUCGCCUCAAAACCCCAUUGAAAAAUCCGUUUGGUGUCGUUUUGGAUGAAUCGAUUUGGCGUCCCAAUAAAACAUAUGAACCAUAUCCGGAGAAGGUGAAGUUGACAGAAGUUGAGGAGAAAGAGUUCAAAUGUCCGGAAUUGCCUAGAAAACGAAAAAUUGAGGAAUCGAGAGAUAAAGAAAUGAAUAAUAAUAACAAUAAUAAUAAUAAUGAACGAAGAGUUAAUCCAGGUAUUUUUCACUUUGCAUGUUGCUUUGCUUUCACCUGAUUUUUGUUAAACACCGCAACAUUUUCCAUGAUUUAUAAAACAAUUUCUAGAUACAUCAUAUCACGGCUUCCCUGAACCGCCUCCAAAAUAUUCGGAAAUCGAUCCAAUAAGAAGAUCGCAUUCUCACAAUCAAAGACCAUCUUCAUCAUCAGCAAAUCGAUCAGAUUCUGGAGAAGAUCGAAGACAUCGAAGAAAUACGCAAAGAUCAUCAACAGAAAAAGAUGAAACGGAAAAGGUUUUGAAAGUUGAAACAUAUCGAAUGAGGUACAUUUUUAUUGAAAAGGGAAAAAUACUCUUUCAAACAAAUGUUUUUUGCAGAAGUAUCAAAUAUGGUGGAAAUGGAUUCAAGAUGAGUGAAUAUGUCAAGGAAUAUAAAUCGAAAACAUUAUUAGCUGGAGGAUUGGAAACAAUUUCAUCAGAUGAUAGAACUCCAAGAUCGAGGAGUAUGUCGAUUUCUUCAACUUCUUCUGUUCCAACUUAUCCGGAUUCUGAUAGAGAUCGAAGGAAAAAGGUGAGGCUUGUUGAGAAAAGGGAUUAGUUAUCUCCAAACCUCACCUCACCUCGGCCAAAAUCGUGGUUUCCACAAUAAAAAUUGUACGCUAACUUUUUACAGUACAAAAAUUGUAAAUUUUUCAGUUUUUGUCCUCUAAAAAUUGUGAUUUUCAAUUUUUGACCUGUAAAAACUUAAAUUCAGAUUUUUCAAAAAAUUGUACUCUGGCCAGUCACGGCUUGGCCGAGGUGUGAACCUCACCCAAGAACCUGAAGAAGUGGGAAAAAAAUUGCCCGCCUGAGGCUCGCCUUAAAGACCCUAAAAAGUUUUGCCCACGUGAGGCUCACCUUAAAAAUUUUUGCCCACCUAGGUUUUUCGAAAAAAAAUUGCCCACCUGGAAUUCCAGGUGUUGGGUGAGGUUUGGUUAUCUCACAAAGUUUUUUAUCUACCUUUUUAAUAUCAAAAUAUUAAAAAUGCCCAUUUUCCAGCCAAAAUCAUCAGAGCGACGAAAAGAAAGAAAAUUCGGAUGGGAAACCGAAUCGGAUGACACUGAUGACAGUGAUCGAGACAGACAUCGACGUGGAAGAAAAACAAGACAUUCAUCAUCGAAUGAUCGAGAAAGACAUCGAAGAAAAUAUCGAGAAAGAGAUGAUGAGAGAAAAUCGAGAGGAUCAAAACCAAGAACACCGCCAUCACCAAGAAGAUCAACAACAACAACAACUUCCUCAUAUUUAUCAUCGUGUCAACAACAGAAACUUGGUAUUCCUACUUUUGAUAAAACUCGUCCACCGCCGCCGCCGCCUUCAACAAAUCGAAUUCCUUCAACAACAUCGAUGUAUAAAAAAAUAAUUGCACCGUCGACAAAUAUUGAGGAAUCACAUUCGAUGCGGAAUAUUCGAGAAGAUACUCCGGAAAUGCCUGCGGAAUCGUUGCAACAAAGAAUUACUGGAUUAUUUGGAAUUGGAGAGAAAGAGCAAAAGUGGGUUCUAUUUUUUAAAAAAAAUAAAUUCUCGAUCUUAGACCCGAAAACAUCGAUCAUCAACAAAAAACAAUUUUACAGGCCAUCUACACCUGAUCCAAAACCAAUUCAAAUGACAACUUAUACUCCGAUGACAUUUGUGAAUACAUCGAUGGAUCGACAUUCUUCGGAAGAUAUGGAUGUGGAAGUUUCGAGUGAAGCGGAUACGAUUGAACAUAAUCGAGAGACGGAAUUUGAGAGACAGCUGAGAAUGAAAAAGGAGAAGAUGGAGGAUGAAAAGAGAAUUGUAAGCUUUUUUGGAAACAGGUUUCAGGGAUCGGUUCCCAAAAAACAUUAUUUUUUCCAGAGAGACCUUAAAAAUGGGUUGAAUCAUAAAUCGACUAGCAAAAUUGACCGAGAAUUGCUCAAGAAAAUCACCAUGGCUCAUACCGAAUAUAUUUUACGCCAAAAAUUAUCAUAUGUCGAUGAGUUUUUGUUGAAUCGAGCUGCACAGGAUGAGGAAAAAAGAAAGGUUUGUUGUUUUUUGUAUCGGAUUAGGCUGAGUGGCCAAAUUUUCCCCAAAAUAGAAUACGUUUCAAAAUUUUUAUAAGGUUUUUAGAAUUUGAUUUAUUUUCGUUAAUUCAAAGCUUAGUUUGAUGAUGAAAAAAAUAAACUUUCCUGCUAUCAAAAAUUGAAACUGGUUCCAUUCUGAAAAAAUACCCUAAUUUGAGCCCUCAUUUUAUAAAUAUAUAUUUCAGAAAGAACGCGAAGAACGAGCUCGUCUUGCAGCCGAAAAUCCGAUUAUUGAACCAUUUGCUGAUUUUAUGGUGAGAUUUUGUACUAUUGAAACUGUAAUUUUAAACAAUUGGAAGUCUUCACAGAAAACAUUUUUUUUUUAA